AUGGCGCUCUGCGUCAACCCCGAGCGCGCGACGAUCCAGGCGGAACUGCCGGAAUUAGACGCCCAAGGGCUCGUCGACCGGCCACCCACGGGCGCCGCCAAGGUUCAAGAAGCACCGGCGCUAGCGCCAGCACCCGAGCCAAGCCGGCCGGCGGAGCCGGGGCAGGCAGACGCGGCGACGGAGGCCGGGACGGCGAAAGUGGCGGCCGAGGCGGGGACGGCGGAAGCGGCGGCCGUGUCGGGGCCAGUGGACGCGGCGGCCGAGGCGGGGACGCAGCCGUCGCCCGAGCACCUGGCGCCGGUUGAACCUACCCCGGACGUGCUGAGCCCGGGGCGGAUGAUGGCGUUGCAACCUUCGGGGACCCCUAACCCCCCGGAGGAGGCUCGCGGGGAACCCAGCGCCCAACCGGCGCACGGCCAGCCUGCCGACCCCCUCCCGGUCGCGAUCGAGAGCGUCCGGGUGGCGGUCGAGCGGCUGGGCGCGGUGGUGGACGUGGAGGUGGCACAGCUUGAGGCGGAGCGCGCCAGGCUGGACACGGAGAGGGCGCACCUUACGACCGCUUGGCGCGCCUUCAAAUCCCGCCACGUCGUGCAGCGCGCCGCCAACGAGAAGGAACAAGGCGCCAUGGAGGAGGCCCGCGCGGAGGCCGCGCGGGAGCAGAAAUUUUUGGAGGACACCCGCGCAGAGGUCACGCGGGAGCGGGAGAUUUUGGAGAACACCCGCGCAGAGGAGGCGUCGCGGCAGCAGGCUGCCGAGGCCCUCGCCAUGGGGAGGUGGGCGCAGGAGCGGGAGGAGGCGAACGCCGAAGGGGAUCUCCGACGCUGGGAGGAGGACGUCUCCAUCCGGGAGGUCGACACCAAGAUCACAGCGGCUGACUUGGGCGCCCGGGAGGAUUUGCUGACCCGCCGGGAGUUUGAGGCUGCUGAGGCGGCAGCCGCCGCCACUGCCAAGGAGGAGCAGAUUGUCAAGCACGAGGCGGAGCUGACCGCCCGCGAGCGGGCUCUGUCCGAGAUGGCGGCGCAGGUGAAGUAG